CCAACCACAAGAGCGCUGAUCAAGCAGCUGAAUUCAACAAAGCGGAAGCCCGUCGUCUAAGAUUCUACAAACCCGUAAAAAACUGGACCUUACGUUAGCUCCAUCAAGACUUGGACCAUCCCACAAACAUAUUUACAACUUGUUCAUUAACCUACUUUCAUAUAAAGAUGAAUCAUACUACAAAUCCAAAAACAAUUAAACUGCCUGCUUUUUCCUAAUUAGCUUCUGCCCAAUCCGCAGAGCAAAACGAAUAUGAUAAGCAGCAGCAGAUUCCACCUCUGCCUGUUUCUAUUCACAACCUCCAUUUUGUCCUCACACGCAAUAGACACCCUUAAUACUUCCCAAAUAGUGAGCGACAACCGCGAUGACAUUCUCAUCUCUUCCAACGGAGCCUUCGCCUUGGGGUUUUUCAGCCCAGGGAGCUCCAGCAAUCGCUACGUCGGCAUAUGGUACAACAAAAUCGAAGCCAAGACGGUGGUGUGGGUCGCCAACAGAGACGAUCCACUCCCCGAUCGAUCAGGUACGCUCCGAGUCAUUCAACCGGGCCGUCUGCUUCUCCUCAACGCUACUAAUGCUACUAUUUGGUCUCCUAAUAUAUCAAGCAGCGCGCAGACUCCAGUAGCACGUUUACUCGACUCCGGGAACCUCGUCGUGACGGAUGCAAACGACGAGAACAAUUUCAUCUGGCAGAGCUUCGACUAUCCGACCGACAAUUUCUUACCAGGGAUGAAGCUUGGUAAGAACUUCGUGACCGGGCAUGAAGUCUACAUCGCGUCAGCCAAGAACAACGAUGAUCCUGCAACGGGGGGUUUCACGUAUCACUGCGAUCCCACUGGCUAUCCGCAGACGGUGAUCAAAGAGGGUGCCUCCGUCCGGUUCAAAACAGGGCCCUGGAAUGGUGUCCGGUUCAGCGGUAGUCAGAACUUGGUCAAGAACACCAUUUUCUCGUUUGGGGUGGUGAUCAACAAGGACGAGGUGUACUAUCACUACGACCUCCUCAACGACUCCGUUUAUAUGAGGUUCACGCUGAGCGAGAGUGGCGUUGGGCAGAGGUGGCUUUGGUCGUAUCAAACCCGAAACUGGAUACUCUAUCUUACUAUUCCAACUGAUAACUGUGAUAUUUAUAAAGUGUGUGGUGCUUAUGGUAUUUGUAAUACUAAAACUACGCCUGAUUGUUCUUGCUUGAAUAAAUUCGAGCCUAGUGAUCCGCAAGGUUGGGAUGGUGGUGAUUUUUCCAAUGGUUGCAUCCGAAGAACCCCGUUGAACUGCAAAGAUGACUACGGUUUUCUCAAGUACUCUGGAGUCAAAUUGCCAGACACGGAGCGUUCCUGGUCUAACGCGAGUAUGAGUCUUGAAGAAUGCAAGGUAGCAUGCUCGAAAAACUGCUCUUGUACAGCCUAUGCAACUCUGGAUAUCAGUAAUGGUGAACAUGGAUGUCUACUCUGGUUCGGUGACCUUGUCGACAUGAGAGAGAUAUCUCCUGGACAGGAUAUCUACGUUAGAAUGGCUAAAUCCGAAUUAGACUCGGGAAGUAGGAAAAAGGUUAUACUUAUUGUGACGUUGUCAGUCGUAAUGGGAAUACUUGUGCUGGGACUGAGCCUGUUGCUAUAUUGCCAGAAAAGAAAGAAGCAGAAUCAUCAGUGGCAAGAAAGUGAGAGGCUGAAGCACAUACAUAUGGAUACCUAUCCUAGUGAAAGCCAUGAGGAGCUAGAGCUACCCAUGUAUGAACUAUCCACAAUAAUCAAAGCUACUGAUGAUUUUGCAGUCAGCAAUAAGCUUGGAGAGGGUGGAUUUGGACCGGUUUAUAAGGGAGUGCUAGAGGGACAGGAAAUCGCUGUGAAACGACUAUCAAGAAGCUCUCUUCAAGGACAAGAUGAGUUUAAGAAUGAAGUAAUCUGCAUUGCAAAACUUCAGCACCGAAAUCUAGUGAGGCUUCUAGGAUGUUGCAUUCAAGGAGAAGAAAGAAUACUGCUCUAUGAGUACAUGACAAACAAAAGUCUCGACUUAAUACUUUUCGAUCAAGUCAAGAAAAAGAUGCUGGACUGGCCGAGGCGCUUCAACAUUAUCAAUGGUAUUGCUCGGGGUCUUAUGUACCUCCAUCAAGAUUCCCGACUCAGAGUUAUCCACAGAGACCUCAAAGCCAGCAAUAUAUUGCUAGAUUCAGAUAUGAUUCCUAAAAUAUCAGACUUCGGCCUUGCAAGAACAUUUGGAGGCAAUGAGACAGGAGCAAACACAAGCCGAGUAGUAGGAACAUAUGGAUACAUGUCCCCAGAGUAUGCCGUAGACGGCAUGUUCUCAGUGAAAUCAGACGUGUUUAGCUUUGGUGUUCUGGUUCUUGAAAUCAUAAGUGGCAAGAGAAACAGAGGAUUUACUCUGGUGGAUCACCGCCACAACCUUCUUGGACACGCAUGGAUGCUUUACAAAGAAGAAAGGUCACUGGAAAUUGUUGAUUCUUGUGUGGAAUAUUCAAGCUACUUAUCCCAAAUAGAGCGAUCAAUCCAUGUGGGUCUUUUGUGUGUGCAAGAAAAGACAGAAGAGAGGCCAAACAUGUCUUCUGUGGUACUGAUGCUCAACAAUGAUGGAAUGCUGCCAGAAGCCAAACAUCCUGGUUUCUUUACAGGAAGAGAUAUUAUAAGAAAUGAAACUUCGCAUAGCUCAAACACUGCAAGUUCCGGAAAUGCAAUGACCAUUUCAUUGCUAGAGGCUCGUUAACAAAUUCAAUGCAAGAAUUAUAGAUUUGUGUAUUAAUUGUGCAGACAUUUUUUUAGUGUACACACUGUUGUAGAAAUUGUGAAUCGAAAGUGAAACAGAGAAUUUUCCAGCAAGAAUAAGUUAAUACAAUUAUCAUAUAUGAAAAA